UAUUCACUUGAUCGUCUUCCGUCCUUUUGGGAGGACCUUACACCGUAUGUGCCUGAUUCGACGGGGUUUAUUCUGUGCGUGUCUCGUCGGUGGGUUCAAGAUGACUCGCAGGCUGGUGCUGUUUUUUGGUCUUGUGCUUAUAAUGUCCCUGUAAACUGUUUCGUGAAAAAGGUUCGGUAAAUGCCAAGACGACGACGACGUGACUCGGCCGGCUGGUAACUUGGGGUAGUCUCGAUAUGUGACGAUCGCUCAAAAACCGAUUGCACGCUCCAAAUGGAAUCGUCUUCGGUUGAGGACCGUGUUUUCGAGGCCCAAGAAGAUUUUGCCGCGUCAGUAGUAGAGCCGGUCGCCAGGCCUGAGUCGAGAGCAUCUACAUUAACGGAGGAGGUUGAGUCGACGGGACUCGACGCGAACGUCAGGACCGCGGCUACGUCAGAAGAGAAGGAGAAGGAUGAUAGUGAUCGGUGCAAGGAUAGCCAAGAAGAAGUAGAAUCAUCCGAGACUCGGCUGGUAAACCACGAGGUCUCGAGCGACUGUUCGACGGAAGAGGAUCAAUCGAAGCUGCUCGAUAUGGGGCUCAAGUUGGGAAAGCAAAAGAAGGAGGCUGAAGAGUCGAACGAAUCCGAGGAUUCUUCGUCGACGGUUCAGUGUCCCGAUAAACAGGAGGAGAACGAAGUGCCAGAAUUCGUAACCUCGUCGCCGGUAUGCAGGAAAAGACCAGCCACCGAUUUCCUGCCGAUCGACGCGGAAAUCAAGAGAAUAGGAAUGGAGGUGACGGAAAACGAAACGACUCAAGUGAGGAGCGACGUGAGGAGGAUCUCACCGGUGCUGGUUAGCCUUCGAGAACGUACCCUAGGCGAGAUAUCCUUGUCGUCGAACUCGUGUCUCUUCGACGACGACACGAACGGUCGAUGCAUCUCGAGAAGCAGCAGAAUGAUCGACGAUUCGUUCUCCGGUGUUUGUCGAUUGAACGAUAGUCUCAGCCUGGAGAACUCUGUUCAAGUUAACGACGAUCCUGUGACAACAGCAGAUUCUUCGAAGUCGGAGCACAGGGUCGACGGAACGGCGUCGGAAAAAGACGAAUGUACAGAGAGCAAGGAGAAGGAAACAUUGGAGGAUCCGUUCAUCGACGAGGAUUCUUGUUAUUCCCUGCCUCGCGACAGUCCUGGCAGGGAUCUGAACUCGUGUCAGCAGCCGAAACAGUGCGAGGAGCCGAUCGAAUCAUCUCCCUACAAUGAUGCCUCGAGAUCCUGCGAAAGGUCCGUCAAACCGAUCGACGCUUCCUCGUUUCCUAAUUUAAUCGUGCUGUUGGAACGCAUGGAUGCCCACAGUCCGACGUUGAAAGAGCAGAAACGAACGAUCGUUUUGAAGAACCCGAAGAGCACCACGUGCGAGGACGUUGAUAGCACGGAGGCGAAGACUGAGCCGGAAGAUUCGUCCAAGGACUCGUGUUCGAUGCAGAGGUGCGUUCUCGAGAGGGACGAUCAAUUGCUGGACUCUUCCGAGGUGCACUCGCCGAAAAUCGUCCACGAUAUGCCGCAUUCGCUUUCGACAAACGGUACGAAGCAAUGCAGGGUGAUCUUAGAGAAGUUGAUCUUGCCGCAGCCGGCGGACAUGACCAAACAGACGUUUUGUCCGGAAACAGAAGAGACAAAAGCCAAGGUGGUCGUUAAAGAGUUGGGCGAGGACGAGGAAAUGGUGUUUGCCUCGGCUAUGUCCGCCGGAGAAGAGAAUCCUCGGCCGGUGAACAAUUUGGAUUCGUCCGAGGCGACACCCAGCUCGCCGGAGGAGACUCUGGAACCAGCCACGGAGAUUCCAGAAGUCGUCGACACGGAAACCGAGACUGAGACCGGAUCCGAUAGCUCCGAAGUGUCGUCCAUGAACGCGCGGCUUCGUGGAUGCGACGACGACACGGUGUCCGACCAGAUAUCUUGCCCCGAGAGCGAAUCCAUGUGCUGUGUCGACAUCGGUCCGGAAAUUAUAACCAGGUUGGAAUCGGAAAGGCCGGAAGCGUUCACGGAAGACUCGGCGGAAAGCCUGGCUCUUGCCACCGGUGCUCGGGAUGAAGUUAGAUCGGAUGGAAGUGAUUCUGGUCUUGGAAGCGAGAUACCUGGAGAAUCCGGACCUGCACCGGCUCCGGAAAGCGAUUCGGAGACUUCGUUCUUGGACAGGAUACCCGAUGACAUUCUUUCCGAUAAAGAAAAAGUGGUGAAUCAAUUGGAGUCAAUCGGAGUGGGUGUACCCGGUACACCGCAGGCGCCGUUGGCGAACUUUCCGAGUCCACCGAAGAGCAAUUUGAAACGACGAUUAACAGAUUGCAUGGAAGGUGCUCCGAGUCCGAAGAAAAGUAACACCGAUGAGUCGAUGAAAAAGAAACGCAACAUUCAAUUCGAUGCCGUGACCGUGUACUACUUUCCUAGGGCACAGGGUUUUACUUGCGUGCCUUCUCAGGGUGGCAGCACUCUUGGUAUGAGCGCGACGCAUACUCACGCCGAACGGUUCUCGUUAUCGGAACACGCCGCCGAACAGAGGCGGAUUCAUCGCGCGAGGCUUGCACAAUUGCGCUCGGAGCGUGCUGCAAAUUGCGUGUCCGAGGCAGCCUCCAGCUCGGAGGAUCCGAGCGACGACACGGACGAGGAACAGAGCGAUAACGAGGAGUUGGACAUCGAUAGUUAUUACUUCCUGCAGCCAGUGCCAACGUGGCAAAGACGAGCCUUGCUACGUGCCGCAGGAGUUCGUCGAAUAGACGCGAUCGAGAAGGACGAAUGUCGCGAUAUCAGAGCUAGCAGAGAACAUUGUGGUUGCGGAUGCAAAGGAUACUGCGAUCCGGAGAGUUGCCCUUGUAGCCGUGCCAACGUCAAGUGCCAGGUUGAUAGAGCCGGUUUCCCUUGUGGAUGUACUCGAGACGGUUGUGCGAAUAGUUCAGGCAGGAUUGAGUUUAAUCCGGUAAGAGUACGGACGCAUUUCAUCCACACGUUGAUGCGGUUAGAGUUAGAGAAAAAGCAUCGGGAAGAAGAGGAGGGUACGGAUCACGAUGUUUCCGACAAUCAGCACGGUAGAAGCCCGUUGAGGGAGAUUAACUUGGGAUCUGUAAUGGAGAAUAGGAACGCGGAAUCGUGUUUGAACGGGGGCGGUUUUACGACGUUGCACUAUGAGAAUCACGACGCGAGGGAUGCCGGGACAAAUUGCCAGCCAGACGUAACCGGCACAAGAGAGGAUAGCCUGGAUCUUUACGCUAUCAGAGACGAUUGUUAUCCAAGCGAAGACACUGUUGACGGUACGCAGGGACCUCAAAGGAAACUUCAUCCUGAAUUUAGUCAAGCUUUUCAAACGUUCUCGGGCCAAACCGGUGCCGGGGUUAAUUUUCAACAGCCUACUUAUCAGGAUUACCAGCCUUACGCUAACCUUCCUUCCACGUCUAGGGUGCAAUUUCAGCCACAAUUCCAAACGGUGCCAGGAAAUCCAGGGUUCUCACACUACUCGCCUUACGGACAAGACGCUGCAACAAUCCAGGGGAACUGCCAAGUCCAUCCAGGACAACAUUCAUCCGCCUACGAGACCAGCUUCGCCCAGGACGAAACAACCGGAUCACAAUACACGAAUCUGAACUCGGUGCAACCGAUGAACACAGUCGUCCAACAAAUGGGUAAAUUAGAACCGUUCUCGGAACUUUUGUCAGCUAGAUAUUCCUACUACGGUGAAAUGGAGCCCCAGGCGCACGGUACUUAUCACGGGAACGGAACCAAGGUCGAGGUGGAAAAGAAUCAAGGUAACGAGCAACAAUCGGAAAGUACGGAAGAGUGCGACGAAAACUUUGGGGAGAUUAUUAAAAAGUCAAUGGUCGAGACUGUAUCUGCUUAAAGGUCAAACUGUUUGUAGAUAUAUCGAAAGAACGUCUAUCCGCGAGUCCGUCAAAGCAGAUUUUUUUUUUUCUUUCUUACUCGUAUAGUGAUUUAUUACGAGAAAAAAUAGUGUAAUUUCAGCGAGCUCGAAAGCUCCGUUGGAAAACCUCGCGGUGAACGUAAAACAGGCAGAGGGGACUAUCCCGAGAUGAGGAAAAUAAGGAAGAAAUCGGUACUUUCACCGGUUCUCCUUUAAGUUAGAUAAAUCCGAGUAAAUUGUUUAUGUGAUUUUCGAAAAGAACUGAAGGUUCUCCUCAAAAAUCACUCACGAUUUACUUCGGCACGAGUUUACUACGUGUGCGUCCGCCCGGGAUGAAAGUUCGGGACGUCGUUCUUUUUCGUUUCAUCAUGUUUACAUUGAUAAAGACGACGUUCUCGAACCAUGCGAAGAAAAUCCUGGGCCGCCGAUUCGGUGGAGGAUUUUCAGCGGCAGGUCUUCGUCGAAAAUCUUCAUGAACAGUCUCCUUGAAACGACAAGGAUUCUGUAACUGAGAGUUACAGAAGAAAUUCAACGAGGUUGUGACCAAACAAAAAAAAAAAAAAAAGAAAAAAGAAAAAAAAUGAAACAAGAAACAACAACAUGGGAUCAGCUUAGAUUGCAGUUUAUAAUAUUUAACUUUAAUACUUUACUCUAAGAUCGCGGGUCACGCAUGUCUCUUUAUAACAAACCUAAAAGAAAAAAAAACAAAGUUUCGGAUUCGUGUGACAGCGGCGAUGGCGAAAACUCGUAUCCGUUGCAACAGCGAGACUGAAAGGAAAAGGAAGGAAAGCACGUAUAAUACGCAAAACACAUUUGUACACGACCACUUAACGUGAGCGAUUGUGAUAUACUUGUGCAUAAUGAAAAUGAGGAUUGUCAGGAUCAUCCUGUAGGUUAAGGAAUAAAUUAUGGGACUUUUUUAUGCCAGUUAGUAGGAAAUCAUGUUUGAAUGGUUUUUGUUUUUCAACGGACGAUGGUAAACGAGGAAAAUUAAGUAAAUUUUCCUCGUAUUGUAUGGGCACACUGAAUGGACACGCAUCGAGGAUUACGCACGUUUUUCAAUGUUUUAGAAAGAAAAUAAUGUUUGAUCGAUAUACCAAGCGCACGCUGUCUACAGAACACAUAAAGCCCUUGCAUGUGUUUCUUUUCUUCUGUUCCUCGUUCUUCUUUCAUCUGGCACCUUGAAAUUGCAAUCCUUUUUAAUAUCGAUGCACACUGAAUACAAGUUUCUUGAUUGUUAAGCAAUUUUUAUGUCCGAACGAUCAACGGCUCAACUUUAUUAUUUCAUCGCAAUUUCAAGGUUUUACGUCGAGCGAAUAAAGGAAGGAAAAACCCGCGCGAAUGUUUUUUUAUUUUUAAAUAAACGAACGAUAAAUGAAGUCUGAAAAAUAAGGAAGUGGAAGUUUGCCUUGUUUGGCGAUUCUUCUGCGUAUCCAUUGUGUUAUACACCUUGUAGAUUUUCAGACACAGACCUCUUUAGCAUCCCGGGACGUUGAUCGCUAAUACCCACGAUUAAUUGAAAUAUUACACUUAAGGAAACAAUGAUAACGACGAUAGUAUUAAAUUUAUACAUACUUACUGGACGUGUCAACUCCUGAGCACAUCCUGACGAUCUUCUAUUUCCGUGUUUUUACACUGUGUUCAUCGUCGCUGAUUGGUGCCUGAAUCGUUACGUUUGUUAUCAGUGUACAAUGAUAACGAAAUCUGAUUUUUGUCGGAAAAUAGAAGAAACGAAGGAAGACGUGUAGAUUUGAAACGUCGAUGCGUUGCGAGGGAUGUGACAUCUCCGUCUAACAUAAAUACGUAUAUAAACUACACGUAUGUAAGUAACUUUUAGAGUAUUUGAGUAAAAAAAAAAAGGCAUACAUAGUUGAUAGCGUUUUAUUAAAUGUUGUGAAAAAGUCUUUUGUCUGUCGUGUAAUGUGUUGUCUCAUUUUGUAUGUGUAACUUUUCACAUUUUAUUUCGUCCUUCAUGAUGAAACCAGUCCUAAAAUUUUGUUAUUUAUCACGUCGUUAUACCUUCAUCCAUAUAUUAUGAUCCUAUUGUAUCAUCAUUUAUUCCAAUUGUAGUUGUGUAACAUUUCGUAAAAAUAUGUUUCCUUAUAUUAAUUCCA